AUGGAUAAAUUAUUGCAAUCAAUCAAACCAUCGAUUACACUUGAAGUUGAAAUUGAUGAUAUACCAAUGGAUGAAUUAGUCGGAUAUUGCUUGGUUGGAGGAUUUCCAAUUCAAAUUCUAGUUGCAGAGUUGUUGGCUAAAUAUUUAGUAUCGGAAUACGACAAUCAAUCAUUGUCAAUGCUUUAUUUCAAUACUCCUCGAGUCGCUGCUCUAUUUCUAAGAUUGAUUUGGUUUGAACAAAAGAAUGAAUGUUCUGUCAUACGACAGGCAGCCAUUAUCAUGUUUAAUCAUGUUGGUAAACAAGUAAUUGAUAAUACUGAUUUGUUGGAUGACAAUGAAAAGCUGGCAGUCGAUAACAAGAGUGAUGGGACGACAUAA